AUGGGUCCGAUUGAGAGCAUUUUCACCGCAGUGCAUCGAAUCCCUAGAUUGCAUUUCGCACCAUCAUCUGCUGUCCUCUCGGUGAAAUCCUCUUCGAGCUCACAUCAGCUUGGCCAAGAGUCGUUGCAAACCUUCGUGGAGACACGAUGCCCUAGUCUGAACGAAGAGUUCUUGCCGCCGUGGUGGUUAUUCAAGCGAGUACUCGGCCAUUUGCAAACUGCUUAUGCCGUUGUCGGAGACUUCUCGAAAGUGGACAAGGUAGAAUAUGACAGGACGCUGUUGCGGACAUUAGAUGGUGGUACAAUAGGGUUGGACACAACACCACCCGCAGAUGAACGCACGUUGCAAGAUGAUACUCCCAUUGUGGUUGUCCUGCACGGUUUGACAGGCGGUUCCCAUGAAUCAUAUGUGCGAGCAAUAUUGGCUCCAGCGUGUACCCCGGUAGAGGAAGGCGGUCUAGGAUACCGAGGAAUCGUCGUAAACUUCCGUGGUUGUGCUGGCGUUCCAAUUACAAGCCCUCAGCUAUAUUCCGCUGGGCAUACCGAUGACAUACGCGUUGCCGUUCUGCACAUCGCCAAUCGCUAUCCGCGAGCCCCCUUGUUAGGCAUCGGAUUCUCCCUCGGCGCGAAUGUGCUCACACGAUAUCUUGCCGAGGAAGGGGAACGAAGUCGGCUCCUGGCCGGUUGCGCUGUUGCUUGUCCGUGGGAUCUUGUCAAGAACGCUCGAUGUCACAUUGCCACUCAAAUGUGUUCUGCCAGCCUUGAAGACCGGUGGUUCUACAGGAAUAUAUACUCCAAAGCCAUGGCUCGCAAUCUACAGACACUCGUAACGCGACACGCAGAUCAGAUAGCCAAGUUUGGUCAUGCCCCCCUUGCCGAUGCUGUCACUGAAGUGCUGCAGACGAAAUACAUGCUUCUAUCGGAGUUUGAUAGCAAGGUAACUUGCGUUGCUGGUGGUUCCUCACCGCCGUUUCCCUUCCCGUCGGCUUGGGAAUACUAUGCAUGGGCAUCAAGUCAUAGAAUGCUGCCGCAUGUCCGCGUACCGUUCCUCGCUAUCAACUCAGAAGAUGAUCCUAUUGUGCGAGUAUUACCCGUGGAAGCCGGAGGGAACCCAUGCGUCGCGUUUGCUGUUACGCAGGAAGGCGGUCAUUUGGGCUGGUUCGAGAAAGCAAGUGAUACCGGAGAAAUCCGACGUUGGGUCAGGAAGCCUGUGUUGGAGUGGUUGAGAGCAGUCGGAGAGGACUUGGUUGCAGAUAAUAGGCAAGUGAAGCCUUCACAUGUAGUGGAUGGCUUCCUGAAGGAGAUUGGCCGAGAUGACAUUGGAUGCAAAGUAGUUGAGGGUGGCGGGCAUAUCAUCGGAGUCGAGGGAGAAGAAGGACUGCUUGCUGGUUUGUGA